AUGUCUUCAAUGUGGUCUGAAUAUACAAUUGGUGGGGUGAAGAUUAACUUUCCUUGUAAAGCCUACCCAUCACAGCUUGCUAUGAUGAAUUCUAUUGUCAGAGGAUUAAACAGUAACCAACAUUGUUUGUUGGAGAGCCCCACAGGAAGUGGAAAAAGCUUAGCCUUACUUUGUUCUGCUUUGGCAUGGCAACAAUCUCUUAGUGGGAAGCCAGUGGAUGAGGACUUAAGUAACAAAGCUGAAGUACCAUCGUCAUGUUGUUGUACAUGCCACUCAAAGAAUUUUACAAACAAUGACACGAACCUUAAAGGAACUUCACAUCAUUUCAACAGUCCAAGCACACCACCUUCUGAAAGAAGUGGCACUUCAUCAACUCAUCAAGAAUCUGCUGAAAAAACCACUCUGGCUGCAAAGUUAUCUGCCAAGAAACAGGCAUCCAUAUACAGAGAUGAAAAUGAUGAUUUUCAAGUAGAGAAGAAAAGAAUACGAUCCUUAGAAAAUACCCAGCAGAUUAGAAAACGUCAUUGUUUUGAAAAGGAGGUACACCAUUUGGAUGCAAAAAUUGCUUCAGGAAAGACCAUAAAACUCAGCUCUCCAGUAGGAGAGAGAAACUCCUUUUUUCCACAAAACCCCCCUGGCCACUGUUCUAGGUGCUGUUCUACUAAACAAGGAAAUAGUCAAGAGUCUUCAAAUACCACUAAGAAGGAUCAUGGUGGGAAAUCCAAGAUACCCAAAAUAUAUUUUGGGACACGCACACACAAGCAGAUUGCUCAAAUUACUAGAGAGCUCCGGAGGACAGCAUACUCAGGGGUCCCAAUGACUAUUCUUUCCAGCAGGGAUCAUACUUGUGUUCAUCCUGAAGUAGUAGGUAACUUCAACAGAAAUGAAAAGUGCAUGGAAUUGCUGGAUGGAAGAAAUGGAAAAUCCUGCUAUUUUUAUCAUGGUGUUCAUAAAAUUAGUGAUCACCACACAUUGCAGACUCUCCAAGGGAUGUGCAAAGCUUGGGAUAUAGAAGAACUUGUCAGCCUGGGGAAAAAACUAAAGGCAUGUCCAUAUUACACAGCUCGAGAACUACUGGAAGAUGCUAACAUAAUAUUUUGUCCCUACAACUAUCUUCUAGAUGCACAAAUAAGGGAAAGUAUGGGGAUAAAUCUGAAAGAACAGGUUGUCAUUUUAGAUGAAGCUCAUAACAUUGAAGACUGUGCUCGGGAAUCAGCAAGUUACAGUAUAUCAGAGGUUCAGCUUCGGUUUGCUCGAGAUGAACUUGAUAGUUUGGUCAACAAUAAUAUAAGGAAGAAAGACCAUGAACCAUUACGAGCUGUAUGCUAUAGCCUCAUUAAUUGGUUAGAAGCAAACUCUGAACAUCUUAUAGAAAGGGAUUAUGAAUCAUCCUGUAAAAUAUGGAGUGGAAAUGAAAUGCUCUUAAAUUUACACAAAAUGGGCAUCACCACUGCUACUUUUCCCAUUUUGCAGGGGCAUUUUUCUGCUGUUCUGCAAAAAGAAGAAAAAGUCUUACCAGUUCAUGGUAAAGAGGAGGCAAGAGAAGUACCUAUAAUUAGUGCUUCGACUCAGAUGAUGCUCAAAGGACUUUUCAUGGUGCUUGACUAUCUUUUUAGGCAAAAUAGCAGAUUUGCAGAUGAUUAUAAAAUUGCUAUUCAACAGACUUACUCCUGGACAAAUCAGAAUGAUAUUUUAGAUAAAAAUGGGUUCUCUGUUCUACCAAAAAAUAAGAAACGUUCACGACAGAAAACUGCAGUUCAUGUGCUAAACUUUUGGUGCUUAAAUCCAGCUGUGGCCUUUUCAGAUAUUAAUGGCAAAGUUCGGACUAUUGUUUUGACAUCUGGUACAUUAUCACCAAUGAAAUCUUUUUCAUCAGAACUUGGUGUUACGUUUACUAUUCAAUUGGAGGCUAAUCAUGUCAUUAAUAACUCACAGGUUUGGGUUGGUACCAUUGGGUCAGGUCCCAAGGGUCGGAAUCUCUGUGCUACCUUCCAGCAUACUGAAACAUUUGAGUUCCAGGAUGAAGUGGGAGCACUUUUGCUAUCUGUGUGCCAGACUGUGAGCCAAGGAAUUUUGUGUUUCUUGCCAUCUUACAAGUUAUUAGAAAAAUUAAAAGAACGCUGGCGCCACACUGGUUUAUGGCAUAAUCUGGAGUUGGUGAAGACAGUCAUUGUAGAACCACAAGUAGGAGAAAAAACUGACUUUAAUGAAUUACUGCAGGUGUACUAUGAUGCAAUCAAGUACAAAGGAGAGAAAGACGGAGCCCUCCUGGUAGCAGUUUGUCGUGGUAAAGUGAGUGAGGGUCUGGAUUUCUCAGAUGACAACGCCCGUGCUGUCAUAACAAUAGGAAUUCCUUUUCCAAAUGUGAAAGAUCUACAGGUUGAACUAAAGCGACAAUACAAUGACCACCAUUCAAAAUUAAGAGGUCUUUUGCCUGGCCGUCAGUGGUAUGAAAUUCAAGCAUACAGGGCUUUAAACCAGGCCCUAGGUAGGUGUAUCAGACACAAAAAUGAUUGGGGAGCUCUUAUUCUAGUGGAUGAUCGCUUCAGGAAUAACCCAAGUCGCUAUAUAUCAGGACUUUCUAAGUGGGUACGGCAGCAAAUUCAGCACCAUUCAACCUUUGAAAGUGCACUGGAGUCCUUGGCUGAAUUUUCCAAAAAGCACCAAAAGGUCAUUGAUGUAUCCAAAAAGUAUAGAAAGAAUAUUCAGGACAGUGAGUUUACACUUGAAGUGGACUGUUUGAAGGACAGUACCCCAACUUAUUUAUUGGAAGCAGCAAGUCAUUUAUCACCAGAAAAUUCUAAGGAAGACAAAGCAAAAAUGUGUGCCCAGGAACUACAGUGUCCUAAAAUUAUAACUAAAAAUUUUUCUCUACCAAGUGGCAUCAUCUCCAGAAAGGAGAAAAAUGAUCCAGUAUUCUUGGAAGAGUCUGUCCAGGCAAUGAAGGCAGAAAAAAUUGUGAUUUCCAGAUCCACAAGCCCAACUUUCAACAAACAAACAAAGAGAGUUAGCUGGUCUAGCUUUAAUUCUUUGGACCAGUAUUUUACUGGUAAAAUAUUGACUGUACCACCUGAUCUCAGGUCAUCAGAGAAUUGUGCCUCUAGUCCUUCCACUUGCAAAACAAAAAAGGUGGAAAGUAAAACUGUUUUGCCAUUCACUGAUAAAUGUGAGUCCUCAAAUGUGACACUAACUACAUCAUUUGGACCAUGCCUUCAGUCAGAAACCAUUAUUUCAUCAAUAAAGACUGAUGCUACCCUUACUGAAGAAAAUCAUUCCAAACAACUGCUCUGCUGUGAAGAAGCCCUGGAUCCAGACAUUGAAUUGUCUCUAUUAAGCAAGGAAGCUAAACAUUCCCCUUCAAGUAGAACUUUUGAAACAGAAGCAGGAGAUGAAUCUAUCUAUUUUACACCUGAACUUUAUGAUCCUGUAGAUACAGAUGAGGAAAAAAAUGAACUAAUUGAAACUGAUAGAGGCAAUAGAUUGGCUAAGAAUUCAAAUUGUGUUUUAGCUGAAGACCUUUUCGAAAUUAGAACUAUGAAAGGAGUGGAUUUCGUCAAAGAAAUAAAAGCUGAGGACGGCACAAACACAGAGUUGAAUAGAAUCAUGCAUAUUGAAGAAAAUAAAAUUGAUGACAUUGAUGGUAAUGUAAAAACAACUUGUAUAAAUUAAUUGAAACUGGGAAAAACUCAUGAAAUGCAUAUA